AGCAAAAGAUUUAUGGAAAAAAUAGUAAAUGUCAGUAUCAUUAAAGUAUAAUACUUUGCUCGUAAAUUUUAACAUUUUUGAAAUUUUUUCAACGAUGCCUUGUGUUUUCUAGUACAAUAAGCAAGAUGGCGCAACCAAUUGAUGCUAUAACUGUCCGCGCGACUCGUCUAAAUAAUGUUUUAUUGGGGAGUGGUCGUAGUUAUGGAAUUAGCACUGCCUUUUCCGAUAGCAUGACACGCGAAAGUUUAUUAGACGCUUUCUGCGUGUUGUACAAUGAAUGCGAUAAGGAAGCUUUGCGCAAUCGUGACAAGAAUAUAUCAGAGUUUGUCAACAAAUAUCGGAAUGUAAUAGAAGAGGCCCGCCGUUUACGUGUAAAUGUUACAGAUUUUAAUGUGCGCAAUUUAAUAGGUGAAGGAUCUUUUGGAAAUGUACAUUUAGUAGUAGAACACCAGACGGGAGAUGUAUACGCUAUGAAGAAGAUCAAAAAGACGAUAGUAACUGCUGUACAGGUGAAAGAGGAGCGUGAUAUUAUGUCACGGCGUUGCUCCGAGUGGAUAACAAAUCUUCAAUAUGCUUUUCAGGACAAGGAUUAUUUGUAUUUGGUUAUGGAAUACUUGCCAGGUGGUGAUUUGUUCAGUUUAAUGUCUCGUCAUGGUUCUUUUGAUGAAGACUUGACACGCUUCUAUUUGGCCGAAAUGACUGUGGCUAUACAUGCCUUACAUGAGAUGGGCUAUGUGCACCGUGACAUUAAACCUGAAAAUAUUUUAAUUGAUCGCCUUGGUCACAUUAAAUUGGCCGAUUUUGGUAACGCAGCUACUUUGAACCGUGACGGUCAUGUUUUUAGUUUAUCACCGGUUGGGACACCCGACUAUAUAGCACCCGAGCUACUACAAUCGUCGAGGUACAAAAAUAUGCAUGACGUUAGUUGCGAUUAUUGGUCAAUGGGUAUUAUCGGCUAUGAAUUGAUUUGCGAGAUCACACCAUUUCAUGACGAUGACAUUCAUCAAACCUAUUCAAAAAUACUUAGCUACUGUGAGGAGAGUCAAUUGAAGAAACUCGUCGCCUUUCCUAGUGAAUUGAAGUUAACAGAACAUUUUAAAAAUCUUAUAGAGUCUUUGGUCACAAGUCCGUCCAAUCGUUUGGGCUAUGAAAACUUGCGUAAACAUGCUUUUUUUAAUAACAUUGAAUGGGAUAAUUUGCGUUCUAUGGUCCCACCUAUAAUACCGUCAUUGAAAAGUCGGGACGACAUAUCCAAUUUCGAGGAUAAUGCACGUAAGAAGACUCGAGCUUGUGCAGUCAUCAGUAAAAAUUGUAAAAAGUCCUUAACCACGGCGAUGAUGUCAAACGACUUUUGUGGCAAAGAUUUACCGUUUGUAGGUUAUAGUUUUGUGCAUAUGGAGUGGCAAAAAAUCGAGCAAGGUGCUAUAGAUGAUGCACGCUACAUUAAAUUAGAUAACAAAUUGAAAGACUUGCAACAAAAAUACAAAGAACGCAUUGACGACAUUUCCAAAUUGAAACAAGAAUUGCUAAGAGCUGAACUAACGAUCAAACAAAGCGGUACGCAAUCGAGAAUUUUGCAAGAUGCCAAAGAUGAAAUGAAUAAUAUGAAAGAUAUUAUCAAGAAGAAGAAUGCGGAGCUGGCCAAUUGUCACACAGAAAUUAAGACACUGAGAAGCUCCUUGCGAGUUGAGAAAGAGGUGGGAGAGAAAAAAGACGCUUCCGUUACUGAAAUCCUACGUUCGGCUCGCCAGAAAUAUGAAGAUGCCUUAAAUAAAAGCGACAGGCGCUAUGAGAGAAAGAUUGCGGAGAAAAAGGCCGAGAUAAGUGCUAUUUUGAGUAAGCUGAAUGAGCGAGAUGCCGAGCUAAGUGCUAAAGCGGAAGAGUAUCUGCAUUUACAAGAGAAAAUGGACAAUUACAAAGAAUUGCUUAGUCAACAGAAGCAACAAGCACAAAAAGAUCGCGAAGAAUUCGAGGAACACAAAACGCAUUUAAUUGAAACUUAUGAGCAGAAAUUGCUGCAAAUGCGGGAAAAAUUACGCUUUGUGAGGAAUAGUAAGUCACGCUUAUCCAUGGAGCUCAGAGAUGUGCGCACCGAAUUGAAUGAUAAUCUAAAUAUAAGGCGCAGCUCGGAAGAGGCCAAGCUAAUGACGGAAAAAUCUAAUGAAGAUAUAUUGCAAAGAUUGAAUAGGGAAAUUGAAGCCAACAAUGAAUUGCACAAAACUGUCGAAAAUUUGGAACAAGAAAUGCAACGUUUACAAAGAGAUUUACAGGUGGCUGAAUGUAGUAAAAAUUUAACCGAAAGCGCUUUAGCGACUCCUUUUGAAACGGCUCCAGGAUCGUUAACAGAUAUAUCGAAGAUUGAGGACCAAUUAAAAGUCGAUUUGGAAACAGCAAAGGAGAACGAAAACGUUCAAAGAAUGCGGGCAGAUAAGUUACAGGAGACUGUGGAGAAACUUCAAGAAAUGCUUGAAGGAUGUAACGAGCAAUGUACGUCGCCGGUGAAACCUUUAGCUGCACCCCGUCAAAAGAAGAGUACCACAAAUGCUGGCGAUUUGCUCGAAAAAAAGAAUGAAAAACUUGAAGAUCAAUUGGCAACUCUUCGAGAAGAGAUGAUUGUCGAAAGGCGAGCGGCCCGCUCGGCAAAUUUAUCCUUAUGGAGAAUGGAAAAACUAGUUGAAAAACUCACCAAUGAGAAGAACACAUUGGAGCGACGCAUGCAACUCACGGAGGGGCGUAUUAAAAAAGCCCAACAUGAUCGGGAAGACGCACUCCGUUUAUGCAAAGCGAACGAAGAGGCCAAAGUCGAGCGAGAACAACGGAUUGAAGAAUUGAAACAGGAGAUUUCUGCAUUAAAAUAUGAUAUAAAACGAGGAAACGCAAUGAGGGAAAAAUGCGAGCAAGAACGCAUGAAAUGCAAAAUGGAGGUUAUUGAACAUAUUGCGAAUUUAAAAAAGUUGGAAGAAAAUCUGGCCGAGCACAGAUAUAGGACGCAGCCUUUGUCAGACAAAUGCAAGGAGUUGGAAUUUGAAAAUAAACGCUUGAUUGGACAAAUCAAUGAUGAAAAAGAUCGGUUAUUAGUUAUCGAAAAUCAAAAUUCAUCAUUACAGAUAGAAUUGCAAAACCAAAUAAAGAAUUAUGGACGAUUGAAAUACGCUUGCAUGAUAACUGACAAGCAAUUGACGGAAAUUGAAGCAAUGUUAGAAAAGGAACAGGCUUCUAACAAAGCAAACCAACAAAAACUUAAACAACUUUUAAGUGAAAAAGAUCAAAGAUUGGAAAUUGAAGCUCAACUCAAAAAGCAGUUAUUUGAUGAGAAGGAGCAAAGGCAGGCGGCCGAAUUGCAUGGAGAAAAUUUAAACACCAGAUUAGAGGAACAGCAUCAAAAUAUUGAACAUUUACAAAAGGAACUGGAGGCCACGAAUCAACGACUUAUGUUGAAGACCGCAGAACUAUUCCACACUCAGGAGCGUGUUGAAAUACUUCAGAGUGAAAAGCAAAAUGUGCUGACUCGUAUCGAAAAUCAUGCACGUGAAAUUGAAAUAUAUACGCAUGAAAUAGAACAUUUAAAAGAAGAAAAAACUGGCGUAAUUACUGAGCUAUUUCACGCCAAGGAGGCAGCAAAUCGACUUAAUAUGGAUCUUAAAGACGCGACAACUCAAAUUCUAGACUUACAAAAUGAAUUAAAGGAUGUACGAGGCAUUUUAGAGGAAAAGGAGAACUUUUAUUUACAACGGGAAAUUAAAUGUGAGACUACUUUAGUUCAGCAUAAAAAGCUUAUAGAUUAUUUGCAGCUUAAGGUCGAAGAUUUGUCGCAAAGAAAGAAGAAAACUUUCGCUGAUAAAUUAUUUGGUAGCAAUACUAAUGCAAACCGUUCCUGUCCAUGUUCGGCCAGCAGCAGAAAAGAAAACUUAUGUCCAAACGUUAUAGAAAAUUCUAUAGUUUAUCGCACUUUGCACGAGGAAUUGAGACGAGAAAAAUUGCUUAAUAAAACGUUGAAAGAACAGCUUGAUAGGUCUAAAUUGAAUAAAAAUUGGUUGAGGUCACCCUUAAAGAAAGUAGAGAAAGAUGAGCAGUCUAUAGACGAUGCUCAAGGAUUGGAAAUCAAUAAAACCAUAAAGGAAAAUGCAACAAAAUCACCAGUGAAAAAGGGAAAAGUUCAACAAGAACAGUCGGACAAUCAAGAUUUGAAAAAGUCGAUGGAAAAACUACAUCAAAUUUCUGGGAGCUCGAGUGCAAAAUAUUUACAGUUACAUCACCGUUUUGAGCAAACUCGACAAGAGUCCAAUAUUGAUGCCAGCCAAUGUGCCGUUUGCCACAAGGCCCUGUUAGUUACAUCACCAUAUUUGGAAUGCAAAGUGUGCAAACGGGUAGUUCACCGCAAAUGCCGGGAUGAUGUUAAUGUACCUUGUGAUAGUAUUGAAAAUAUAUUAAACGACAAUGCAAUCAAGUCUGAUUGCAUAGAAACGAUGGCAUUGGAACCUUCGGCGCCUACGCGAACAGAUUUGGAUACUGAUUCUCUAGGUAAAUAUUCUUACGAAGCGAAAUUGGAUAAUUUGGACGAAGCCAAUGCGGCAGCCUUGCAAAAUAGUUAUAAUGGCUCAUUGAUUUUUACCAUUCCCAUUAAGAAUGAACAGGGUACAUCGCUGGAGGUGGCAUGUGCUUAUGAAAUGGAAGAAAAUCGAAUACUACUCUUAGGCUGCAACACAGGCUUAUACGCAUAUCACGUGAAGCAACAGCAUUUGGUGCACAUUGCUGGUAUUGAUGCGGUCAGUUGUAUUGCAAUAUCGGCACCUCUAGCCAAAGCUAUACUAGUGAGCUCUCAUGGUGAAAGUUUAUAUCAAUGCGAUUUACGUCACUUGCAGUCGCGUAGCCAAGCCAACGCCUGUUUAAAGCCUGCUCUGGAGGCGUCAAUAUUGGAUUUAUCUUUCGACAAUCGUGGUACCGCCGAAAAAUGGCAACUAAUUCAAGUUUCUGAGGAGACCGAACAACCGCUCGACACAGUGGCUAUAGCAGCAACGUCGUCACGCAUUGUUAUUUUAAAAUACGAUGUGAAACAACAAAAAUUUAAGCCCGUGCAAGCUCUCGACACUGCUACUUCUGUGUCUUCUAUACUCUUCACCCGCCAUACAGCCAUUGUCAGUUCAGAUAAGUUCUUCGAAAUCGAUCUUAGCACGUAUGGGGCUGAAGAAUUCGUAGACAUAGCUGAUCAAUCUUUAUCGCAUAGCAGUACUUGCCAGCCGGUCGUAGCCUUACGGAUCUCAAAACAAGAAUUCUUGUUGUGUUUCAUGGAAUGCGGCGUAUUUGUGGAUGAAUACGGUUGUCGCUCCCGGCCGUAUGAUAUUAAUUGGGGUUAUACUCCUACAGGCUUUCUUUACCGGGCACCAUUUUUGUAUGUGGCCCACUUCCAAUCGGUGCAAAUUAUGCGUGUACAUCGUUCCUAUAGCAAAGAAAUGUCAGAUAAAUAUAUUGACGCCGAUACGAAUGACGCCGUUCAUGAGCUGAAAAAAAUACAUUUAUCUUUCUAUAUGCCAACACUCUUGUGUAAUAGCGGUAAGCACAACAUCUAUAUGCUAGCCAAGCAAAAAGAAAUAGGCGCACAGGAAAUUUAUCACUUGGAUGCUUUACAAGCUUUCAAGCUGCAGUAUAACGGUUCUCAAGAUACUGUCUCCUCUAUAACUACAUCGAUAACAGCGGAAUCAUUGACAACCAUAUCAACUGAUUAACUUGUCAGAAUUUUCAAUUUUAAAUAUAUACGCAUUGACUGCA